AUGAAUCCCUCAGAAGAGGCUCUGGAUGCUAUGGUAGCCCUUGUUGAGGCCCAGUUGUUGCACAGCGAUGGUCCUGCCUCACCAGACCUGCUCAGUGAGCUGCAUGGGUCACCUGCACCUGCCUCAACCCCCGAGUCUCAAACUGACAACUCGGAGCAGUCGACACUGGAACGUUCUCCAGCCACGACAAGAGAGGUCUCACACCGUCCACUUGGACCUGCCCCACGAAAGACCUUCUACCCUGCUCAAAGGCCCCCUUACUCCCGAAUGGCCUAUGCCUCUCCACAGGACAGGGCAACUUCCUCUCAACCGUCUCUCCCUUUAUACAUGAUGAUCCCUGGACCAAAACUCGUGCCUGUCCCCUCCACUGGACCAACACGUCAUUGUCCAGCGAUGAUCCAUGGACCAGCAAUGUUCCAGGCAAAGCAACCGGUUUUCUAUACAUCCCAAGCAACGGCUGGAAAUGUCCCUUCAAGGAAGAGGAAGCGGGAUGCAGAUGACGCUGGGAGGCCGUAUAUCAAGAAACCUCUGAACGCCUUCAUGAUUUACAGAGCAGAGCAGAGAGGAGCCAUCAUGCAGGAGCUUGGCAUUACCAACUCAGCAGAAGUCAACACCAUCCUCGGCGAGAGAUGGGGCGAGCUAUCUGAGGCAGAACAAGCUCCGUACUUUGAGAAAGCCCGAGUGCUCAAGAGAGAGCACCAGGCCAAAUACCCGGAUUGGUCCCCUAAAGACAACAUUAGCAGAAAAAAACACUUUCAUGCUACAGGCCCCAUUUAUAACGGCUAUGUCCCACCUCCUAUUGCUAUGGUCAACCUCAGUGCUACGGUCAUCCUCCAGUCCAUUGUCAACCUCAGUGCUACGGUCAACCUCCAUUCUAUGGUCAUCCUCCAUUCUAUGGUCAUCCUCCAUUCUAUGGUCAACCUCCAGUGUAUGGUUCACCCCCUCUUAAUGUGA